AUGGCGCAGCAGCCUGAAAAGCUUAAAUGGAAGGAGGAUUCUCCGUUUGGGUUGUCCGCGUCGCAGUUCGGCAUGGCUCUCGGCUUCUGUGGACGCGUCGUGGACUUUGUAGACUACCUGCGCAACGUGGUCGGGACGGAGUUAGAGUUUAAGGGCAAUGCAAGCACGGAUCAUGGCAUUAAAACCGAGCCCAAGGCGCGUGCGCUGUAUGAGCUUUUAACGGGUGCCGCCGUGAGUGACGGAGGGUUCUUCCUGACAAGUGACCGACUGUUGGGCUGCUCGCCGGAUGGGCGCAUUCUUUCCCGCUGGGAGGCGUCACCUCCCAGACCCGCUGAUGAAGUUAAAAGCGAGAGUGAACACAACUCCCCAAAGACGCUUGUGAGUGUGCGGGUGCCGUUCCACUCCAAGUGGAGGCGAAGUAAGGAGCCAACGGUGGCACCAGCAGGCAGCCGGAGGCAGCAAGUGCGGCGACUACUAGAGAUCAAGUCGCCUGUUCAUUCUCUGUACGACGGGUCAAAACCGAACUACCAGCCGUUUGGUAUUCCGCUGCAUUACCUCUGCCAGCUGCAGGGCCAAAUGGCCAUUGCCAAUGUUGAUGAAUGCGACUUCUUUGUGUACCUCGACUGGCCUGUCUGCCAGGUGGUGGCCUGGCGUGUGAGGCGAAGCAGCGAGUUCUGGGAAUGGGCAAGACCCAAACUGAUACAAGUGGUGGAGUGGGUGCGGGACGGCCCCCCAGUGUGGCUGAACCGCCGUUUUGAGUUUGAUACGUUUGACUUUAAUAAGAUCGAGGUGGAGCCGCUUGUUUUUCCCUAUGACAUCACAGCCAACGUGCCGAUAAUUGACUCCCGUCGGUUUCCCUUCUUCCACCGCUACCCUAACCCGUACCUGGACACGGCGAGCGGAGCUAGCCACGAGGGCAUUCUCCGGGGCCUGACGAGCGCCGUGACGCGGUUUCUCUUCCACAGGGACGUUGAUGAGACGCGGUCAGAGGAGGAGGAGGAGAAGCAAGGCCAUGACAAAAGUGCGGUGAUGUGGUGCAGGUCAACUGACAGCGGGACUGAUAGUGCGGCUGCUUCACCCAGUUGGGACGCCGCUGACCUGCGGUGUGAGCAAGUCCGUGGCAGUACGCUGGCCGUAGUUCGGCCGCAAGACUUUGAUGGCGAUGGAGUCUCCUGCCGUGUGCACCCCAAGGGAGGCGACAAAGAGAGCAGUGGUAACGACGUGGUCUACGUGCGUUUCUUUCAACGUCAUUUUUUUCAUUCGCUGGAGCCAUUGGAAGGUCCACCAGAGCCGGAUAGAGCGGCUGGCGUCGUCCUCGGUGAAACGCCGUUGCAACUCGUCUGA